AUGGUAUGCAUCGAAGAAGUUUAUUGUGCUGUUUGCAUGGAUGAGUUUGAGGUAGGGGACGAGGCAAUGCGGAUGCCUUGCAAGCACUUUUACCACGAGAACUGUAUCAUUCCAUGGCUCGAGCUGCAUAAUUCUUGCCCGGUGUGCAGGUACGAGCUCCCCACCGACGAUCCUGACUACGUGUCACGAGAUGUGAGAGCGGCGGAUGCUAGUGGGGGCCGAAGUGGAGGAACGUGGCUGGCUUCGGAGGCCAGUGAUGAAGAAAGCAGUCGGAGACGCAGGAUGUUGGAUGCAAGUUGGGGGCGAAGUGGAGGAACGUGGCUGGCUUCGGCGGCCAGAGAAGAAGAAAGAAGUUGGAGUUGGGGGCGAAGUGGAGGAACGUGGCUGGCUUCGGCGGGCAGCAAAGAAGAAAGCAGAGCCAGUUCGAGAGAAGAAGAGGUGGAUGCUAGUGGGGGGCGAAGUGGAGGAACGUGGCUGGCUUCGGCGGCCAGGGAACAAGAAAGCAGUUCGAGACGCAGGAGGAUGCGAAGGAGGGUUAGAAUCUCGCUUCCGUGUUCUCUGAGGUGUUUUAGACCAAAGUCUCGGUGGAGCGACCAGUGA